AUCCCGAGUAGGUAAUUCAAACACGCCCCACCCAAUAGGUGAAUCUUUCGAAGUGUGGAAUUAUCCCCUUUCUUCAGUCCUAGAAUCGAUGCCUAAGAAAAAGGUUAUAUCUAUUAAAAUGCUCAACCCAUUCAUGCGAUUCAAUCCUCUGCUCUCCUCGUCGGAAGAGGAUCCAUUCAGCCGCUUCGGGGCCGUUUGGGUUCCUUGGAUCUGCAACUGUAGCGUCCGCCUUCACGCGCGGCGCUGAUGCUGCCGUGCCUCCGCCUCCACGCCCGGUUCUGUUGCUGCCGUGACGCCGCCGGGCUCGGGGGAAGCGCGUGGCACCACUCGUCGCUUGCCUGCACCUGCAGGUUCAACUCGCUUGCACCUGGUUUUCUUGCUGCUUCCGCUGUUUCUUCCUCAACCUCUCCAGCUCAGCUGCCGCAGGCUGCGACUGCCAUGGAUUCCAAAUCCAUGGAAGCAUUUGUGGCAAGUGAGGCCUCCGUCUUCAUGAAUCAGCCCCCUCCACAUAUGUCUAGACCAACAAUUAUUAUCAAGCUCAUUUUGUGGUUGCUGUGGACCAUCACCCACUUAGCAAUCAGCAUUUUAAAUUUAUGGUCUCAUCUGAUUUAUAGUCUAGACUGCUAUCUUAUUUCAUCUGGAUUGUUGCGGAAGUAUCAGAAUCUUCAUCUGGGUAGACUGAAGUACUUGGCUAUUGUGGUAGAUAGCAAAGAAGCUAAAAGUACUGUGAAGGUCAAGCGACUGUUAUGCUGGCUCUCAUCUAUGGGUGUGAAGUAUGUAUGUCUCUACGACAUUGAGGGAGUUCUGAAGAAAUCUUUUGAACCUGCUGUGAAUGUUUCAAGAGAUAGGACUGCAGGAGAACAUUUUGGCAUUGGAGCAAACAUCAAAGAUCUACACUGUAGCCAAAGAGAGAUGAUGAUAGAUUGUCUUUCUGGCUCUGAUGGCAAGGAGGGUAUUGCUAAAGCAGCCAGUUUACUUUGCUCAACUUACCUCAAUGGUGAUACUCAUGGAGAUGACAAAAGGAAACCAGCAUUUACAGAAGCUGACAUGGCUGGUGCACUGAAGGCUGUAGGUUGUGGUGGACCAGAACCUGAUCUCCUUCUCAUGUAUGGUCCUGCUAGAUGCCAUUUAGGAUUUCCUACAUGGAGAUUACGGUAUACUGAAAUUAUGUAUAUGGGGCCACUGAAAUCAAUGAAAUAUGGUGCAAUUGUGAAAGCCUUAUAUAACUUCUCAAAGAAACACCAAAAUUAUGGGAAAUGAUAGCUGAUACUAGUUUAAAGAAGACCAUUUGAUCAUGGAGAAUCGACACCUUGGAACUACUGGACAGUUACUCUGCGGCCCGCAUCCAUUUGCUUCUGCUGCUGCUUACUGGAGCACAGGAGUAUUUAACGUUAGACAUACCAUUGACACUCAUUUCAUGUUUGCUUGUAAUAAGAUAAAAAGUGCUGUCGAUAGAACAUACAUACGGGACAACAUCCCACUGAAAGUUCCACCCAUAGCAAUGAGCAAUGAAAGAAACACAAGAAAUCUUACCAUCUCA